AUGUCGAGCUCGAAGCUCGUUCAUGGCUGUCCUCUCCUUUCAUCUUCAACCAACAAACCACCCCCCCUAUCUAUCGAACGAGCUCCAAACAACCACCUCCUUCUGCGUCGUUCUUCUUCUUCUUCAUCGAGGGCAGAACCCCAUCAACGACCCAGCUGCUUCUGCCUUCAUCUUACUCGUCGUCAAGCUCAAGCUCAAGCUCCCAUGGCAGCCAUGACUACUCCUUCAUCUUCUUCGUUGGCCUCAACAGUAGCCCCUCCUCACCAUAUCGGACGACCACCUAAAACAGUCCCUUAUGCUGCUUAUGUUGCUGCCUGCGUCGUCCAAACAAGCCCUCACCUGCUGCUGCCUGUUGCUUUUUCUUCGUCGCGGCCAAACGACCCUCGACGAGCUUCUGCUCCUUCCAGCUCCGCCACCACUGCUAUGGCUGCGUCUUCUUCUCCUUCGUCGCCUGCUGCUACUGCUUCGCGCUACUGCUAA